AGAUGCAGCUCAUUUCCGCCUACGGUAGCAUGUCGCUUAUUUGGACGGGCGACCCUCGCUCCCUCGGUGCUGUUCCGCAGCAUGUUGCUCGCUGUUAGUCUCGCCCUUAUAUCAAUAUCUUUGUCUCCCGUUACGGGAGAGCUCAUCAAAGUCAUCGGGCUCAGCGGAGGAAUGGCCGUAAUACAGUGUCCCUACGACGGCUACUACGGAACCAACCAGAAGUACCUGUGCAAAGGGGAAGUGUUUAAAUAUUGCAGUGAUGUAAUUAAAAACAAUUUGGACGAGAUCUUCAUUGAAGACCAGAGAUUUAAGCUGUACGAUGACAGGAAUCGGAAUGUCUUCACGGUGACCAUCUCCAGCCUGUCAGAGGAGGAUGCUGGGGCAUACUGGUGCGGGGUAGACAUUUAUGCGGCUAUUGACAUUUCCACACAAGUGCAGCUGGUGGUGCAACAAGCUCAGACCUGCACACCACACCAGACCUCCGUGAGUCACACCCAGAGACCACGUCUGGACAUGACCUCUACCUGGAGAGGCAAGUUUCUAUCUUGACACUCACACAAUGUAUAAUCUUAACAGAAUAGCAUAGAAUAGCUUUAUUGUCAUAUACAUGCUUUAUAUGCUACAUAUUAUAUAAAAUAAAACAAAGUAAUAAUAUAUACUAUAUAUAGCUCAAUGUUGAACUAGUGCAGUAGUGCAAUCACGUUCAAUUUACCAGUAUUAAAUAUAACAGUGUAAGAUGAAAAGAUUAUCAGCAAUUAUUUGGAUAAAAAUUAACAGCAUUGAACUUAUGUACUAGUUACUAUGUAAGUAACACACUAGUCCAGCUGCAAGCCAAGUGAAAGGAAGCACCGCAUCACGUCAUAAU